AUGACCUUCGGGUGCCAUAGUGUCGGACUUUGAUUUCUGGCCGGCAUAUGGCGGCGCACCGAGACCCCAAUAUGGUCCACGCUUCUGCCCGGCCUGAUCACCGCAGUGCUUGCUCUUUGUAUCGACCUGCGUGCUCUGGUUGAGAUGAUGUCGAGCGGCACUCUGCUGGCCUACAGUCUGGUGUGCACCAGUGUCCUAUUGCUGCGCUACAGACGCCAAGCGACGCCUUUACCGUCAUCAGCAGACAAUGCAGUUUGCCCGGUGUCCGGGGGGGCAGAAUUAUACGACUCGACCCUACCAAAGGCUACUGAUGGGUAG